AUGGCGGUGGAGAUGGUGCUGAGCCACCGGGCGCCCCACGAGGUGCUGAGCGAGGCCGACCUGGAGGAGGUGGCGCAGCGGAAACCUCCCACCGAGCCCUCGCUGCGCAGCUGUCUCCGCAAGACCAGAUGCUCAGCCUCCACUGCCAAGUCCCUGCUCUUCCGGUUCCUGCCCUUCCUGCACUGGCUGCCCCGCUACCCAGUCAAGGACUGGCUCCUGGGGGACAUUGCCUCGGGCUUCAGCGUGGGCAUCAUGCACCUGCCCCAGGGGCUUGCCUACGCGCUGCUGGCUGGGCUGCCACCCGUCACUGGUCUCUAUUCCUCCUUCUACCCCGUCUUCCUCUACUUCUUCUUCGGGACGUCCAGGCACAACUCCGUGGGCCCCUUCGCUGUCAUCUCCGUCAUGAUUGGGAGUCUGACGGAAUCCCUGCUGCCCAGCGAGAACUUCCUGGAGUCCAUCAAUGGCAGCAACGCAACAGUCAAUGAGGCACGGCGGGACGCUGCCAGGGUGGAGCUGGUGGCCACCAUCACUGUCCUGACGGGCAUCUUCCAGGUGGCUCUGGGCCUCCUGCAGUUUGGCUUCGUGGUGACCUACCUCUCGGACCCGCUCGUGCGCGGCUACACCACUGCUGCCUCUGUGCAUGUCCUUGUCUCACAGCUCAAGAAUGUCUUUGGGGUCUCCCUGGGCGAGCACUCGGGGCCACUCUCACUGUUCAUGACCUUCAUCGAGAUCUGCCAGAAGCUGCCACAGACUAACGUGGGCACCCUGGUGACGGCCAUCAUUGCCAUGGUGGCCAUCUUCAUCGUGAAAGAGCUCAACCACAAGUUCGCCGCCAAGCUGCCCAUGCCCAUCCCCAUCGAGCUUAUCACGAUCAUCAUCUCCACCGGCAUCUCCUAUGGCGUCAACCUGAAUGCCAAGUUUGGCAUUUCCGUGGUGGGCAACAUCCCCAGCGGGUUGAAGCCGCCCGUGGUCCCUAACGUCAGCUACUUUGGGCAGGUGGUGGGCAACGCCUUUGCCAUUGCCGUGGUGGGCUAUGCCAUCUGCAUCUCCCUGGGCAAGAUCUUUGCCCUGAAGCAUGGCUACAAAGUGGACAGCAACCAGGAGCUGAUCGCGCUGGGCCUCUGCAACUUCCUGGGGGGCUUCUUCCAGUGUUUCGCCAUCAGCUGCUCCAUGUCGCGGAGCCUGGUGCAGGAGAGCACAGGGGGCAACAGCCAGGUAGCCGGUGUCAUUGCAUCCCUGGUCAUCCUGGUGACCAUCCUGAAGAUCGGAGAGCUCUUCCGGGACCUGCCCAAGGCCAUCUUGUCUGCCAUCAUCAUCAUCAACCUCAAGGGCAUGUUCAAGCAGUUCAAUGACCUCCGCACGCUCUGGAAGUCCAACCGGGUGGACCUGAUGGUCUGGAUUGUGACAUUUGUGGCCACCCUUAUGCUGAACUUGGACAUCGGCCUGGGGGCCUCAGUGGCCUUCGGGCUGCUCACUGUCAUCUUCCGCACCCAGCUCCCCCACUACUCCAUCCUGGGUCGCAUCUCUGACACCGAUGUCUACAGGGACGUGGCUGAAUACCAGAUGGCACAGGAGGUCCCUGGUGUGAAGAUCUUCCGCUCCUCCUCCACCCUCUAUUUUGCCAACGUGGAGCUGUACGCUGAGGCCCUGAAGAAGAAGAGCGGCAUCAACGUGGACCGCCUGAUUGAGAAGAAGAAGAAGGCCCUCAAGAAGCUGAAGAAACAGCAGAAGAAAGCGGAGAAGGCAGCAAAGAGGAAAAAGGACAUGGAGGAUGGGCACAACGGUCCGGGCGUGGCAGUGAUUGAGCUGAGUGGGGCGGAGGGCAGCACACCCCCGGAGCCCACCCUGCGCACCCUGGGGCUGCCCCAGCCCGGCUUCCACGCCGUCAUCUUGGACUUCAGCCCCGUCAGCUUCGUGGACACCGUCUCCAUCAAGAUCCUGAAGAAUAUCUUCAGGGAUUUCCAUGAGAUAGAAGUGGACGUCUUCGUUGCCAGCUGCCCGGUGCCCGUCCUCGCCCAGCUGGAGCGGGGCAACUUCUUCAGCUCGGCCAUCACCAAGCACUACUUCUUCCCCUCGGUGCAUGAUGCCGUGGUCCACGUCAGUGGGGCGCGGCGCCAGGCCUUGGUGGACCUCAGUACCAGAAUGUAG